AGCCGGAAGUUGGCUUCUUUCACGAGCAACAUGGCGGGCGCGUUAGCAGACAGCGAGCUGCAAAGUCUUCGGAAUCGUUUCAAAAAAGAUGCAGAGUUUGUUUUGCGCGGGGUUUCUGAAAAUGACACUGGAGAGAAGAGUUCGGAGGACAAAGAUGCAAAACCUCUCCCUCGGUUUAACCGUCACUCUAUCUUCUGGAUUGUGGCUUCCAUCGGGCUGACUUACUACACUGAUUUUGUCUCUGUCCUCAUGAAAGAUGAGAACAUUAAAAGCUGGUGGUUCAACGUGGGUGUGGCCCUGCUGGGAGUGAGCCUGGCGAUGGCGCUCUUCAGCAUCGUCUACCUCGACUGGUUCCGGGGGGUCCGGCAGUAUGACGUUCAGUACCCAGCCAUCGCACCCGUGACCACUGCCACCUUCAUCGCCGCCUCCUGCAGCUUCAAUAUAGCGCUUUGGCCCGUGUGGUCAAUCUGCACUCCCAUUAUCCUCUUCACCCAGUUCAUGGGAAUUGUGAUGUUCAUCUCCCUACUUGGCUGAGAUAUGAAGGGCUCUUCUGAAGAAGCACAUACCAUUGAACUAGAUCAAGAUCAACUUGAAAAAUGUCUAUACACUGACGAAAUGUAUAUAUUUUGUAUUGGUUUAACCUGUCACACUUAUAUUUUGUAUCUGCUACACAAAAGACCUGAUGUUUCUAUUGAUUUUCAGGAUGUUUCUGUAUAGAUUUCUGGGACAGGCAUAUCGGUUGUGGACAGCUAGUUACUUGCAGUGCUUCCAUGAAAGACAGGCUUGCUGUAACCAGCAGUGUUGCAUGUGGUCCUGUGGCUUUCUCUGUUUUCGCUGCUGUUUCUAGUACAAUAUGAAUGGCCUAACAUCAUUGCCGUAACGUUCAACACAACAUUUCCAAAAGCAUAACGCUCAGUACAUUUCUCAGAAUUGGGAGUAGCCUGCUGUACAUUAAUAGGAUUACCUAAUGUCAUGCAAGCAGUGUUGUUUGUUUGUAAGUGUUGUCAUUCAAUGGAAGGUAUCAUAGUUUUGGAAAGGGCUCCAAGAUUGCCAUGACAAAACCAUAAUGAAAAAAUCAUGCCCCACAUUUUGAAGUAGCCACCUUGUGGACAUUUAAGCAACUUCAUGCUAAUUAAGACAGCGAUAAUGUUGAUUCAUUACAGUGCUUGGUGUAACGUGAUGUCAGGUCACUAUAACAACCCCAGGAGUAAACGCUAAACAUACGUGAUUUCCUACUAAGCUGUCCACCAUUACUCAUACUGUAUCUCAAUGAGGGUUUCUGUAUGGUGAUUUUUAAGCUAUUCCACUGCGUCACCUUGAUGAAUAGCCUGUACAAAUGAGAAAGUCACACAUUACGUGACCUUAGUGACAAACUCCCCAUUGUUAAGAUUUAAUUUUACCUAACCUGUAGGACAGUUACAUUUUAACCUUGCACAACACAUUCACUUGAUCUUAGUUGCUGAAUUCAAUAACUUUUUGUAUGACCUAUGAUCAUUUUCACAUAUACAAUGGCAAGUGGAACUGUUCAUUUUCUCUGUUUAGUAUGCAUUCAUAGCUUUACAUUUGCUUAUAAAUCCAUGUGGCUCAGGUGAACAGUUUAUUUUUUGCAGAUUUUUGUAUAGUAUGAGAUGACUCAUGAGUAAAGCUUUUCACACUAACUUCAA